CCGGGGAGCAUUACAAGCAGCCACACACACACACACUUUAGCAUUAAACGGUGUGUGCUUCCGUUUCGCUCCAACCCGGGUCGAUGCUCUUCACAUAGCUGAACGGAUAACAUUAAGACGCAUGUCAUUUUAAACUCCGGUAUUCAAACCUCGAAGGCUGGAUGAGUGGGCCAACCUUCUCCUCCCCCUCUGCGGAGGUGGCAGAGAUGAACCGUAUCCAUUAUGAAUUGGAGUACACAGAGGGCAUAAGCCAGCGCAUGCGAAUCCCUGAGACUCUCAUGGUGUCUUCAGAAAAGCAAACAGGGUCUCUACCAAUCCAGCAAGCCCUGCCUAUCCACACAACUAUGAUGCACGUGCCAGAGAGGAUUGUGGUUACAGGUGAUGAUGGGGACGGUCUGUUUUCUCGUCCCAGAGACCUGGACCUGAUUCAGUCCAUCCCCCCUGUGGAUCUCCUGAGCAUGAAGGCCCCACCACGUAUCCUGACCCUCUCAGAACAGCCACUUGACUCCCUUGAAACUGAACAAACUCCCACUUCACAGAACAAUCCCAACCAAGCUGCUCACUUUCAUGCUCGAUCUCGACGAGAGCGCAGUGCGAGUGAGAACAUGACUGGACGCCAAAACAGAGUGGAUAUAAGUGUAUCCCCUUCCCCUUCUGCCCCCCAAGUCCGGUUGUGUCCCCCCCUCUGUUCUCCAGAGGAUGCAAACAUCAACCUGUACACAGCUGCAGGGUUCCUGUCAUACGUCCAGUCAACAACACGCCGGGCAUAUCAGCAAGUCCUGGAAGUGCUGGACGACAGCAGCCGCAGGACACACCUGGACCUGGCCUUGGAUAUGAACCAUGAUGAGUCUGGUUUAAUGGACGCAUCCUCUCUGCGAAGACAGAUAGUGAAGUUGAACCGGCGUCUGCAGCUGCUGGAAGAAGAAAACAAAGAACGCUCCAAACGAGAGGUGAUGCUGUAUUCUGCAACCGUGGCUUUCUGGCUUAUUAACACUUGGAUCUGGUUCCGACGCUAAAAUGGGCCGAGACUGAGUCUCCCAAAACACUGGAAGCCAAAGCAAUUCCUUGUUUAAAGGCGACCAUUGAAAUUUAGAUUUUGUUUUUCCAAAUCUUAAAGUCUAAAAGAAACCACUGUUAACCAAAGGACAUUUACAAAUAAAGAUUAUUAAUAAUGUCUUCAAGCUAAUUCCAUUUUUUAGGAUUUUAGUUACAGAAUGGUGCUGUCAAGAUAAGACCAGAGGCAGUAAAACCUAACCCUUGUUUACAGAAACAUUGAUGUAUGAGUGUUUGGUAUUUCUUCCUAAUGCUGCCUAGUUUCACUCAUAUUCUCAUCUUCACAUGUGACUAUAAACUAGUCAUAACGGCAAAUAGCUUCAACAGAGCAAGAGGUAACCUUACAGUCAUAUAUGUGUGUGUUUUAUUUCUGUAUUAGCUGACAGGACAAAGCACAAUGAAACCAAUGCUGUUUCCGCUGAUGUUAACUGGAGUUUAUGAGUACAUUGCAUAUGUAAUACAGACAAUGGGAGCCAGUUUGAAGUUGCAAAGGAUCUAUCAAACUGUCCAUAAUGAGAACCUAACACUUCUAAGCUUUAGGGGGAGAAUGGAUAGACAACAAGGAUUUACUUCAGCCACAAAUGUUUUGGGAACCAAGCUCAAAGCUGGAGCUGUAGUUACAGGACCAAACCUCAGACCUGACCCUUCUUCUGUGCUUGAAAUAGAGGUUUAAUUAGUUUUUGUCACAGACUACCAUUCUUAAAGUGUCAAAGUAACUUGAAUUAUUCUAGAGAUGCCAUAACAGUUACCCUGAAUGUCAUUUGAGUUCUGGAUUACCCGAAACAUUUUGUACAGCACUUAACAUAUUGUUGAAAUGUUUGUCAUGUGUCCCUAAAUUUUUUUACAUCUUUGGCAGCCUUAUAUGCCAGAGGAUUAAAUGAUAAGCUAGAGGAAGUGGUGACUGGAAGGAUGUUUCCCAUACUAUUUAUUUGAUCUGAGCUUAUUUUUCUCUUUUAGAGGAGUUUUUUUUCCCACUAAUUACCUACAGAGCCAUAAGCAUGGACAAUGUGGUUUUAUUUAUCGUACAAUGUGAUAUAAGUCUAAGAGCUACUGUAUGUCUCAUCAUGUCUUAUAGAUGGCUAUGUAUAUGAAAUAUUGAUGUCAUUAUUUUUCCAAUAAUGAACUGAGUGUGUGUUCAACAAACUGUUGCUGUGACCAUUGUUUCUGUUAAGCACUGUACCUAUCAUUAAAUGCUGAGGUUGAGGUUUAUAUUUUAUUUUAUUUGUAAAAUGUGAAUACAUUCAUUGUUUGUUUAUAUUUUACUGUAAUAAAUGAUGGAUGUUACAUUC